AUGGACGUUAGGCAUGUUCCUUCUGCUGGUGCCACGUGGCAUAUUCCUUCUGCUGGUGCCACGUGGCAUGUUCCUUCUGCUGGUGCCACGUGGCAUGUUCCUUCUGCCAGUGCCACGUGGCAUGUUUCUUCUGCUGGUGCCACGUGGCAUGGGAGAUGGAUGGACGUUAGGCAUGUUCCUUCUGCUGGUGCCACGUGGCAUAUUCCUUCUGCUGGUGCCACGUGGCAUGUUCCUUCUGCUGGUGCCACGUGGCAUGUUCCUUCUGCCAGUGCCACGUGGCAUGUUUCUUCUGCUGGUGCCACGCAUGUUCCUUCUGCUGGUGCCACGUGGCAUAUUCCUUCUGCUGGUGCCACGUGGCAUGUUCCUUCUGCUGGUGCCACGUGGCAUGUUCCUUCUGCCAGUGCCACGUGGCAUGUUUCUUCUGCUGGUGCCACGUGGCAUGGGAGAUGGAUGGACGUUAGGCAUGUUCCUUCUGCUGGUGCCACGUGGCAUAUUCCUUCUGCUGGUGCCACGUGGCAUGUUCCUUCUGCUGGUGCCACGUGGCAUGUUCCUUCUGCCAGUGCCACGUGGCAUGUUUCUUCUGCUGGUGCCACGUGGCAUGGGAGAUGGAUGGACGUUAGGCAUGUUCCUUCUGCUGGUGCCACGUGGCAUAUUCCUUCUGCUGGUGCCACGUGGCAUGUUCCUUCUGCUGGUGCCACGUGGCAUGUUCCUUCUGCCAGUGCCACGUCGCAUGUUUCUUCUGCUGGUGCCACGUGGCAUGGGAGAUGGAUGGACGUUAGGCAUGUUCCUUCUGCUGGUGCCACGUGGCAUAUUCCUUCUGCUGGUGCCACGUGGCAUGUUCCUUCUGCUGGUGCCACGUGGCAUGUUCCUUCUGCCAGUGCCACGUGGCAUGUUUCUUCUGCUGGUGCCACGCAUGUUCCUUCUGCUGGUGCCACGUGGCAUAUUCCUUCUGCUGGUGCCACGUGGCAUGUUCCUUCUGCUGGUGCCACGUGGCAUGUUCCUUCUGCCAGUGCCACGUGGCAUGUUCCUUCUGCUGGUGCCACGCAUGUUCCUUCUGCUGGUGCCACGUGGCAUAUUCCUUCUGCUGGUGCCACGUGGCAUGUUCCUUCUGCUGGUGCCACGUGGCAUGUUCCUUCUGCCAGUGCCACGUGGCAUGUUCCUUCUGCUGGUGCCACGUGGCAUGGGAGAUGGAUGGACGUUAGGCAUGUUCCUUCUGCUGGUGCCACGUGGCAUAUUCCUUCUGCUGGUGCCACGUGGCAUGUUCCUUCUGCUGGUGCCACGUGGCAUGUUCCUUCUGCCAGUGCCACGUGGCAUGUUCCUUCUGCUGGUGCCACGUGGCAUGGGAGAUGGAUGGACGUUAGGCAUAUUCCUUCUGCUGGUGCCACGUGGCAUGUUCCUUCUGCUGGUGCCACGUGGCAUGUUCCUUCUGCCAGUGCCACGUGGCAUGUUCCUUCUGCUGGUGCCACGCAUGUUCCUUCUGCUGGUGCCACGUGGCAUAUUCCUUCUGCUGGUGCCACGUGGCAUGUUCCUUCUGCUGGUGCCACGUGGCAUGUUCCUUCUGCCAGUGCCACGUGGCAUGUUCCUUCUGCUGGUGCCACGUGGCAUGGGAGAUGGAUGGACGUUAGGCAUGUUCCUUCUGCUGGUGCCACGUGGCAUAUUCCUUCUGCUGGUGCCACGUGGCAUGUUCCUUCUGCUGGUGCCACGUGGCAUGUUCCUUCUGCCAGUGCCACGUGGCAUGUUCCUUCUGCUGGUGCCACGUGGCAUGUGAGGCGAAUGCACCGCAUGCUGCCUCCUGUGGGGUUGUAA